AGAUUGUCCCCCCAGUACACAAUGGCGGGUGUCUGGCAGCACUGCGGUGUGCUCUGGGUGUGGUUGCAGUACUGGAAAUAGAAGGAGAAGCGGGGCGGGCUGCCAGCUGACGGCUCGAGUCUCCCUCACUUGCCCUAAAUGCUGACGAGAAAGUCAUCCCGGCCGCGCUAGACUCCUCCCGCCGUAUCCCUCCGCCCCUCAUCAUCAUCAUCAUCAAGCAGAGCAGAGCUACGUGUGUCACACAUCAGCCAUCACACCCGGAGCGUACCAUGGCCGCGGCAUUCAAGGAAGGCUUCGACAAGUUCCUGAGCCAGAAGAAUGUCUGCACCGACCUGCUGGAGAAGAUCGAGGCCAAGACCGGGGUGAACCGGCGCUACAUCGCCCUUGCUGUCAUUGGCAUCUUAGCAGUUUACUUGGUGUUCGGCUAUGGGGCAUCUUUGCUUUGCAACUUGAUCGGAUUUGCCUAUCCAGCAUACAUCUCAAUCAAAGCCAUUGAAAGUCCCAACAAGGAUGAUGACACUCAGUGGCUGACAUACUGGGUGGUGUAUGGAAUAUUCAGCAUCAUUGAGUUCUUCUCUGAUAUUUUCCUGUCCUGGUUUCCGUUCUACUACAUGAUCAAGUGCGGAUUCCUCUUGUGGUGUAUGGCUCCUAGCCCCCGCAAUGGUGCUGAGCUGCUAUACAAUAAAAUAAUCCGGCCCUUCUUUCUGAAACAUGAGGCACAGAUGGAUCGCCUGGCAAAGGACCUUAAAGACAAGGCUGCAGAGACUGCAGACACUAUUGGCAAAGAAGCUAAGCGGGCCACAGUGAAUUUGCUUGGUGAUGAGAAGAAGAGCACUUAAUCCUGGACAUGUGGAUGGAAUGAGUCCCUUCUAAGCGCCUCUGUGUUAUACGAGACAGUGGUAUCAUAUGUACUGCUCCUCUGACCAGGUGGCCUGGAACACAUGGAUGACCACAGAUUGUGGAACUCUGUGUUUCAGACCUCGCUGGUGCUGAGAGGCAUUAUUGUUGCCUUGGAAACCUGUUGUUGUUUUUGUUUUUUUUAUAUAUAUAUGAAGAAAAGAAUGUGUUGAAGUAGCUGUACUAUUUUGCUGUUGUCUAUAGAGGUCAGCAUUUUUAUUUAAAAGCCAUCAAGUGUCCAAAGCUUCAAGAAAGUCAGUGUGGGAAAGGCUUUUAUAAGUAUUGUUUUGUCCUGCAUUUAAUGGACCUGAAUAAACAGUCGCCAUACUGAA